GGACAGGUCUGGAACCUCCACUGACCCCGCCCAUGCAGCCUGUAUGCUCAAGAGGGAGCUGCUGUAAUAGAAGCUGUGAUGAUGCUGAGCAUGGCUGUCCAGGUAUGUCUUUCCCCCCAUAGACUGCCUGUGGACUGUUAUACCAACCCUGAGCUGUUUUUCACAAACUGUACAUCUGUGCAUUGCUGAAAGAACUCUGUUCAUCCCCUGUACAUGUCUGCCCGCCGGUACUAUGUGUCUGCAGUCUCUGGUCAUCGCCUGUACUAUGUCUGCAGUCUCUGGUCAUCUCCGUACUAUGUCCGCAGUCUCUGGUCAUCUCCUGUACUGUGUCUGCAGUCUCUGGUCAUCUCCUGUACUGUGUCUGCAGUCUCUGGUCAUCUCCUGUACUGUGUCCGCAGUCUCUGGUCAUCUCCUGUACUGUGUCUGCAGUCUCUGGUCAUCUCCUGUACUAUGUCCGCAGUCUCUGGUCAUCUCCUGUACUGUGUCUGCAGUCUCUGGUCAUCUCCU